AUGUCCCUGAAUGAAUUACAGGCAGAGCCAAAGGAUAAAGACCCCAUAAUUAGUCAGGAUUCAGAUUCUUCUAUGGCUGAUGCUAUCGAGGAUGGAAAUGUGCCUGAACCAGGAGAACGUGAUAGUUUGUCGAGGUCUCGAAGUAGGUCUGACUCUGAAAUUGAAGAAGACCAAGCUGUUAGAGUAGAUGGAAGGAAUCAGAAUGGGGAGCAAGUAGUUGAAGCCAUCACUAGCGAUGUGGCCAAUGAUGAGCAACGGCUGCCAAACCCAAUAAGUCUAAAAAAAUCACCAUCAGAGCCAGUAUUAGAAGCUGAUAUACAUGUAAAGCAAGAAAACGAAUCGCAGGCUGAGUCGGACGAUAAAUCGCAAGGAACUCCAGAACAAGAAGAACCAUCACAAUCACAGACACAACGAAUUACACAUACAGAACAAGAAAAUCGGUCAGCAGAACCCAAGCAAGAGCUAGGAAGCAAGUCAGAGUUGGAAGAGCUAGAGCCAGAACUUUCUGUGCAAGGCCCUAAAAGUAACGGAAGUGCAACAAAAAAGGGAACACCAGAAGAAAAAUCUGUGUUCAGACCAUCUGCUUCCUCUGACGAAUCCACUGCUGAGGGAACGCCCAUUGCUUCCCCCAAAGUCACUGACGAUGUUUCAUCCAAGCCAAUCUUUGAUGACAAGGUCAACGCUUCAUCCUCAAAGGCCUCACCAAAGACAACACCAAAAGCUGCUACUCCAAAGGAAUCGCACAAACCAACACCUGUUCUGGAUGCAGAUGAAGAUGAAAAUUUGGAAGAUGACAAAACAGAUUAUGUCAAAGCUGAAGUAGUUGAAAGACCGUUACCCGAAGAUAAACCUCAGACACAUACUAUUGUCAUACCAUCUUACAGCACAUGGUUUAGUUUGAGAAGGGUCAGUGAUAUCGAGAAAAAGUCCCUUCCAGAGUUUUUCAAUAAUGUUAAUAAACAUAAAACAGAGGCCCUAUACAUAAAGUACAGAAACUUUAUGGUGAACACUUAUAGAAUGAAUCCAAAUGAGUACUUGACUGUAACAGCAUGUCGCCGCAAUCUGAUUGGAGAUGCUGGAACAAUUAUGAGAGUUCAUCGUUUCCUCAACAGAUGGGGACUGAUUAACUACCAGGUUAACGCUGAGUUAAGACCUCAGAAUAUAAACCCUGUCUCUACAGAGAGCUACAGAAUAGACUACGAUACACCGAGAGGUUUGUUUCCGUUUGAAACUUACAAACCUCCUACAAAAUUACCAGAUCUGACUCAUAUCAAGAAACUUCUACGAAGUGAUGACGUAGAAACUACUACCAAUGAGCCACCCAAGAAGAAAGUGAAGCUAUUUACAGAACCAGAUAAAAAUCAAGGUUGGAACGAAGAGAAGUUAGGGAAAUUAUUCGAAGGAAUCAAACAGUACGGCAACAACUGGAACCAAAUUGCCCAGCAUGUGGGUGACAAGACCCCUGAACAGUGUAUAUUGAGGUUUUUGGAAUUACCUAUCGAAGACAAGUUUCUUGAAGAGAACCCACAAUUACUAGGACCUUUGAAGUAUAUUCCCAGACUUCCCUUCUCCCCUGUUGAUAACCCGGUAAUGUCAACCCUUGCCUUUCUCGCUACGUUGGUCGAUCAUUCAGUUGCUUCUGCUGCUUCUACUAGAGCCAUCAGGGCAAUUGAAAAAAUAAUUGUUAAUAAGAUUGAGUUGAAGGAGGAUAAAAGUAAAGAGGAACCUCAGGGUGAAACUACAGAUAAAGAAACUAAUACGAUCAAGUCUGAACGAAAGCAGUCGACGGAUGAUACAGAAAAGUCACCAAGAACCAAUACUCCCUCUGAAAUAAAGCCAACCAGUGAGAAAGAAAAGGAAGAAAACAAAGAAGAAGUAUUGGAGAAGCCAGCUGAGAAUGUAAAGGAAAGAGAGGACCCACUAGAGGAUAUAAAAGAUGCUGGUGUCAACAGUUUUGGUAUUGUUGCUUCUCGAGCUCAUGUAUUUGCAACUUAUGAGGAAAGAGAAUUACACAAACAUAUUAUCUCUCUCGUAAAUCAACAAAUGAAGCUGGUGGACAUCAAACUCGCUAAAGUGUCAAAGCUAGAAAAAGAAUUCGAAUUCAAGAAGAAGAAGUUGAAAGUUCAACAGGAAAGAAACUUUUUAGAGAGAAUUUCUUUGUCCAAAUCCACAGGUCAAGUCCAUGACAAAUUGAUGGAAGCAGUGAACCUGUUAGAAAACUGUGACUCAAGUGAAAAAAUCAAAAGUAUCCUUGAUGAAGCAAAGGAGUUAGCGUUGAAACCUUCGAACAUAGAAACAAUAGUUAGAAAGAUAGGUGCUAAUGAUGCCAAUCCGGAUGGAACGAAAGAUAGAGAUGACUCCGUCAAACCCAUUAGUUUGGAUUCUCCUCAGUUAUAUAGAUACUGGUCAGGUUAA